AUGACAAACAUUUUUAGUGUACUAAAUAAGCAUUAACUUUUCUCACAACAAAUAAUUAAAAUUCUUUGUGAAAAAUAGUAGUACAGCACACGUUAAAAUGGCGGCGCCCAGGAUUGACAUGACAUGUGAUGAUAUUUCUGCAUUUCAAGAAACUUUAAGAAUAAUGAGGAAGAUUGAUGAUAAUAUUGUACAUGCUCUCAAUACUACCAUACCAACUGCAUCAUUUGCAGAAAAAGCUAGUGUUACUAAUCAAUGUGAAGAUCUCUAUAAACAGUUAAUUCAUUCAUAUGAAAGACGAGAGCACGCCAUCAAAAAGUGCAUAGAUGUAACUGCAAAAGAAGUACAAACUUUAAAGGACAAACGAAGUAGUGAUCCUGAUAAUUUUGAACUCCUUAAACAGCUUCGGAAAGUUCAGACAAAGUUUCGAUUGAUGCAAAAUGAAUUAAAUAUAGAAGAAGUCGUUAAAGAUCGCAGUUUAAAGGUUUUCUAUGAAAGAUGUCGUUUUUACUACAAACCAGCUGAAUUAAAAAUUUGACAAAAAUUUUAAUUUAGAUUUAGUCUGUUGAAAAAUUGAGUCAAAGAAUGAAAUUCUUCAUAGAGAAAUGUGUAUAUAGGGACGCUGUCUCAUCAUUUUCACAAACUCUGUAGCAAACAUGUUCCAAUUUUAUGUAGUUUUUUACAUUGUGAAUCGUAUAGAUAAUAAAAUAUUUUUUGCCAAAA